UUGAAAUUUGUGUCAUUUGUUGACUGACGGCCAGGCCAAGGUAUAGGGAAAGCUUAGGUGGACAAGAUGCAGUAGUAGAACAGUAUUAGUUGUAAAAAAUUUGAUAAGAAAAACUAAUUAUUAAUUAUCACUUCAGUUGAUAUGAAUUCUAAAUUAAAAACUUUUGAAGCGAAUGUGUUUUAUCAAAUUUGGAUGCUGGAGAGAUGAUAUAUGAAGUUGCGUACCUACGUACCUAUUCUCCAAUAGUGUUCAGAACUCUGCUACUUUCGGUCAAUUUAACACACUAGUGUUCUAACGAACUUAAAAAUACCUUGAAGUAUUUGCUACGUCAUAAAAAUAAACAAUAAAAAAUCAAAUGUGUACAGUUUAUAUGCGGAGGUUGUGACGAUUGCUGUUCUGUUCAAAUCAACAGGCGGAUUUCAGAUUCAGAUGAAAUUUCUGAAUUUCAGAUUUCAGAAAAAAGGAGUGCUUUGUAGUGAUCAUUUAAAACCGUGCUAAUUUCUCAAAGUUCAACAUUAUCUGAUUUGUGAAUUGAAGAAUUAAAUUCAAUUAAUUUUUAAAUUAUUUUUUAAAAAGUUUUGUGUUAUGUUAUCAAAUAUAUCACGUCGUUAUUAAUACGUUCAGCUCUUAUAUCGGUUGUUGGACCGAUUAUUUUGGCAGUUUUUUUUCCGAUGACAACAGAAGUAACUCAAAUGUUUCAUUUAAUAGGCACAGUAAAACAUAAAAUUAUAUAAAAUUAAAUUAAUUCAAACAAAAGAAAAGAAAAAAAAACAUUUACUAAUCGAAAUCACAUAAAAUCUGUGAUAUACUCCCGGUGGUAUUGUUUGGGAGCAAUGACAAUUAUACUAUUUUUGGUCGACACCUCGGCAUCGAUGUGCCAACGAGCUUAUAUUAAUGGCGUACAGAAGUCGUACUUGGAUAUUGCGAAGAGCGCAGUGGAAACGUUUUUGAAAUACAGGCAGCGUACACAAGAUUGUCUAGGAGACCGAUACAUGCUGUUGACUUUUGAGGAACCACCAUCUAAUGUGAAAGCAGGUUGGAAAGAGAACCAUGCAACGUUUAUGAAUGAAUUAAAGAAUCUUCAGAGUACAGGCCUUACCUCAAUGGGGGAAUCUUUGAAAAACGCGUUUGAUUUACUUAAUCUAAAUCGCAUGCAAUCAGGAAUAGACACUUAUGGUCAGGGUAGAUGUCCUUUUUAUUUGGAACCUUCAGUAAUAAUUGUAAUAACUGAUGGAGGAAGAUAUUCAUAUAGAAAUGGUGUGCACCAAGAAAUUAUUUUGCCUCUUAACACUCAGAUCCCUGGUACCAAAUUUACUAAGGAGCCAUUUCGUUGGGAUCAACGUUUAUUUUCGUUAGUUUUGCGCAUGCCAGGAAACAGAAUAGACGAACGUGUAGAGAGUAAAGUUCAGCAUGAUGAUUCGCCUAUAGAACGUAUGUGCGAGGUUACAGGUGGUCGUUCUUAUCGCAUACGGUCGCAAUUUGUAUUAAAUCAGUGCAUUGAGAGCCUAGUGGCGAAAGUUCAACCUGGUGUUGUAUUACAAUUUGAACCCAUGUUACCAAAAGAAAGUAUUUUGAAUGAGGCAUUGCAAGAUAUUGUAUUUCCACCCGUGAAGAAAAUGAUAUUAGUGCAUAAGCAUGUGGCGCAAAAAGCGUUCCCAAUCGGUUAUUGGCCACUGCCGGAACCAUAUUGGCCCGACUCAAAAGCUGUUACGCUUCCACCUCGUGAUGCACACCCCAAGCUCAAAGUAGUAACACCAGGUAUUGAAGAGCCUCAAAUGGUACGCAAUUUUCCAGUAGAUAAAUACGAAAUUGAAGCUAGUCCUCUUACAAUGCAAAUUUUACAAAAACGAGAUCCGAACAAAUGCUGGCAAGUUAUUAUAUCGAAUGGGAUGCAUGGGUUUGAGUUACCGUUCGGAUAUUUAAAAGCAGCACCAAAUUUUAAUGGUGUGCAUUUGUAUGUUUUAGCUUAUAACUAUCCCGCGCUGCUACCUCUUCUACAUGAUCUAAUACAUAAAUAUAAUAUGAGCCCGCCAAACGAUCUCAUGUACAAAUUCAACUCAUACGUUCGUUCAAUUCCGCCGUAUUAUUGUCCUUUUCUACGUAAAGCUUUGAUGAAUAUUAGUGUUCCAUAUCCCUUAAUCCAGUUCUUUCUGCCAGAAAAUGUUGAUAACUAUUUAUCACCAAACAUAGCUAACCAAUUGAAGCACAUCAAGAACACAGCAAAGCAGGAACAGGAAAAUCUAUGCAUGAAAGUGUAUAAACAAUUAAAGCAACCAAAACCGCCUUAUCGUCAAUUGGAAACAGCAAAAUUAAACACUGGAGUACAACUCCGGCGAGAUCUCGUACGACAUCCAGGCUUAAGAGAAACUUUUGCUAAGAUGCAUGCAGAUAUAGAAUUUUUUGAAUAUCCCACUUUGUUGGUACCACAACUCACACGCAUGCCAUCUGCUAAAUCAUAUCGAAAUCCUUUUGAUAUACCUCGACGCGAUUUAAUUGAGGAUAUUGGACGAAUGCGAGAAACGCUAAUGCGGCCCACACCAACAAGCUUAGUAGCUAAGGAUUCAGGCCAUUGUUUACCAAUUGCUGAAAUGGGCAAUUACCAAGAAUAUUUGAAAAAUAAAGAUAAUCCACUGCGUGAAAUUGAACCAACUAAUGUAAGGCAGCAUAUGUUUGGUAAUCCCUAUAAGAAAGAUAAGCACAUGGUUAUGGUAGAUGAAGCUGAUUUGGGUGAAGUGGCGCCAAUAAAAACAAACAAUGGAGCAGGUGGUCCGGGUCCGUCUGGUAGUAUGCCUGGAAUUGGUCCCAAAAAAAUAGAUGGUGCAAGAGCACGUAAACGUAAAGCAGGCCCCAUACGUAAGGAUUUUGUGUUCCGACGUACUUCAACCGACUCUCGGCCUAAUACGCCUAGUUCAAGCAUAUCAUUAGCAGGUUCUUCUGUUGCUUCGAUGUCAGAUUUCGAUGAUGAAAGCAUGUCGGACACUUCUUCGAUUUCCUCCGGUUUACCAGAUGACGUUGAACAAGUGGGCUUUGAUUUCAAUGAAGAGGAGCCAGCCGAUCCAGAUUUCCCCCUGAAUGGAUUUGUUCGAAACUUUAUCAACGGCAUUAAUGAUGAUGUAAACUGUGAUAAUGAAAUUGGUGCUCCAACAGCAAUAGGCAUUGCUCUAAAUAAUAGCAGUAGCAGUAGUAGCAGUUAUACAGCGCAUAUUAAUAACUUAGUUAAUUCAACAUCAUUAGCACUUAAUAAUAAUAAUGGAAUACCAAUUCUGCAUGCUCCGACAUCAAAUUUAUUAAUAAAUCCAUAUUUGAAUACUUAUGGUCAGCAAACUCUUGUCGCCGAACCGACGAUACAUACGGGAGUGGUACCGACACCUUCUGCAAUAGGCACAGCAAUCCCACUUGGGCUACAUCAAGUUAAUGGUAAUGGUACAACAUUCAAUAACGUAACUUCUAUUCCACAGGCAUCGCCGGCACCUAUUAUUCCAGCACCUAUAACGACACCAGUUACGUUUUAUCCACAUAACGAUAUAAAUGACGCGCAAGAAAUUUCACGUAUACUGCAACAGUGCCAUAAUGGCAGUCCAAGUAUAUCAUCUACAGUCAAUUCUAAUACAGAUCAGAUAACGUCUACGGUGUUCAAAAAAGAAAUUAAAAAAGAUAUAGACGAAACGCUGAUGCCACCUCCCGCAGCGACAGUAACCAAUACUACAACGCAUUUAAAAAGCUUUGAUAGCCUUAAGCGAGAGCCCGUAUCGAUAACAACAAGUAAUUCAAAUUCAAAUUCAAAUUCAAACCAUAUAACAAAUAACAACCACAACACAAAGCGUAGAAAGUCCCGUUCCAUCUCUCCUGCUACUCCGCAACAAUUAUUCACAGUCGAAGAUCGAGAAAUUGCGCGGAAGCAUAACAUUGAAGUACGUACACAGGUGUUUAGUGAUAUUCGCAGACCCGGGCGUAACUAUGCACAACUCAUAGAACAUCUUAAUCUUGUCAAGGGUGACAACGAUAUGAAAUCAAACUUUGUGCAAAUGUGCAUCAGCGAGUCAUUACGGUUUAGGAGAAGACAAAUGGUCAACUGCAUAAAAGAUUGGUGGGACAAAAACCAAAAACAAUGUCAGUCAAAAAGUUAACAGCUACCCUGCGGGAAUUAGGCUAAAGCUUCGUAUUAGAAAUACGUAAUUUCCAACAAUGCCCGACACGUUCACAGUUAGAUCUCCUCUUUACAUUGACUACACGUCACUGGAAGAACACACAUUGAUAGAAUGUUUUAAUCAGAGACUAGAACACAGACUACACGUGGUUGCUUGCUUUAUUUUUUUCUUUUUGUUUUUGGUACCAAUCAUUUCUGUUCCACCAUUGAACUUCACAUACCAAAAUUAUUGCUUGUUUGUUUGUUUAUGUUCUCACAAACCGAUCAUACGCUCCCAUAUCAGACCAGACCAGACCACUCGAACGUAACGUCAGACUGAUAACUAAUAAACCAACACAGAGCACACACACACAGUUCAUUCAUAUCCUCAACGGCUUCGUAUUUCGGUAGGAUUUGAUUUCUUAAUUUAAACGGUUCCUUUUGAUUCAUAUUUUUUGUUAUCAAUGGCGAUGUUUCGGUUCUAUGCCGGGUAUUAAGUUAAGCACAAGAUUGACUCGCUCGCUUCUUUCUAAUAAACUUGUAAAUAACAUAAAUAAGAAUAAGUAAUGUUUUAGAUAUUUUAAAAAUAUUUAAUCCUUA